ACCACUCUAGAUCUCGCCGUGGCCGCCACCGCUCUAGAUCUCCCGCUCGCCUUAGACGCCGGCAUCGUCUUUAUCCCGCUCUUCUCGGUCGGAGGCGGCGUCUUCGUCGCGCUCUCUCACGGAAAAGCUACAGUCCGGCGUCGCGGCGUAUUUCUCCACGAGAUCUACUGUCCGGCAGUCCCCACCAGCCACCACUGGGAGUGACCAAUCGAGCAUGGAUGUUGAGAUGGGGGCCAUGGGCUCCCUCUUCCCUGAGCUGUUGGAGCUCCUCCUCAUGGAUGAGUAUAAGCUGCUGAAGUACGAAAAGAAAGACCUCGAGCAUCUCUCAAGACAGCUGAAGAGCAUGCAGUUUGUCCUCUGCAAGUUGGCGGAGUUGCCGCGGGAACAGCUUGACAACCAGGUCUUGCUCUGGGCAGACAAUGCCAGGGAGCUGUCAUAUGUCAUCGAAAAAGAUGUCGACGACAUUCUGGUCCUUAUGGAAGAAGGCAAAGAGUUCACCAAGAAGAUGGCCAACCUGUUCACAAAGGGCAAGGCUCGUUAUCAGAUUGCUCACACGAUCAGAGACAUUGAGCAACGGGUACUGAAUAUGCCCAAGAGGUGUAAUAGAAGCAGCAAGGUUGAUAAUGUUGCACCUGAUAUACUGGCCCUGCCCAUAAGAGCUCUUGACACAGAGGAGGGAGAGGUCUAUGCAGACGAGGGAGAGAUCGUCGGCGUUGAGCAUGCAAGGGACGAGCUUGUGCAGAUUCUAUACAAUGGGGACAGUCAACUCCAGAUACUCUCAAUUGUUGGAUUCGGGGGAUUGGGUAAGACUAUCCUUGCCAAAGCAGUGUAUGAUAAGCUUAAGAUGCAGUUUGGUUGCAGAGCUUUCGUCCCUGUAUCUCGGAAUCCUAACAUGAAGAAAGUAUUCAUGCACAUUCUCUAUGAUCUUGGCAAGCAAAGCUAUUUGGAUAACAGAGCAAAGGAUGAAAAUCAGCUCCUUAAUGAAAUUAAAAUUUUCCUUCGGACCAAGAGGUACCUCAUCGUAAUUGAUGAUUUAUGGGAAGCAAAUAUUUGGGAUAUCAUCUUGUUGAGUUUACCGAGUAAUGAUUGCGGUAGCCGAGUAAUUACUACAACUCGUGUUAAUAAGAUAGCUGAAAAAUGUUGCUUAAAGAGCAAAGACUUGAUAUACAAAAUUAUGCCUCUUGGAUACCAAAAUUCCAAAAGAUUGUUUAUAAAGAGUUGUUUUAACUCAGAGAACAGUUGCCAUGAUGCAUUUACUGAAUUUGAUGAGAUCUUGGAAAUCUGCGGCGGUAUGCCUUCAGCAAUAAUAACCAUUGCUUCAGCAAUUUUUUCAUUUUCUGCUAAAAAAAUAAAGGAGACAUGCGAAGAGAUGAUGAAGUCUCUACAUUUUCCGCGCGGGGAUUUACAGUGCAUGGAAGCAUUGACAAGGAGUCUGUCAUAUAGCUACUUCGACCUUCCCAACACUCUGAGGGCUUGCUUGCUGUACUUAGCUGCAUCUACGAGGAACCAAAUAAUUCAGAGGGAUAAUUUGGUUAGGAAAUGGAUUGCUGAAGGACUUAUCCCUGAAGAUAAUGACUCUAGUCGUGAGGAAGUGGCAAGGCGAUACUUUGAUGAGCUCAUCAACCGGAAUGUAAUUCAGCCGGUGAAAUAUGCUAACUUUCUAGGAAAAGAGACCUAUGAAGUUACCUUUAUGAUGCUCUAUGUUCUUAGACUGAUAUCACAAGAAGAAAACUUUGCUAAAAUUCUGUCCGAGUCUGAGCCACAUAUGAAAGUGAUGCCCAUCCAUUUGUUUAUACAAUGUUCUGAUUCAAAACUUCUGACUAUCACAGAAAGCAUGAAUCUGACCAAUCUUCGUUCUGUGACUAUGCUUGGUCCUGCUAAUCCGGUUUCAUUCAAGCAGUUGAAGUAUGUACGAGUGUUGGAUCUAGAUGGCUGCAAGGAUUUAGUCAAGUCUGAUAUGGAUGAUAUAUGCCUAAUGAUCAAACUGAAGUACCUGAGUCUCAAGCGGACGCAAGUCACUGAAAUCCCUCCAGAAAUCUCGAAUCUGCAACGUCUGGAAACUCUGGAUGUAAGCUGGACACAGAUCAGCAAUUUACCUCCACAAAUCAGUAAACUGCAAAAUCUGGGGACUCUGGAUGUAAGCCGGACACAAGUGGAAGAGCUUCCCAAGGAAGUUCUUCAGCUUCCUAAACUAAAACAUCUGCAUUUUGGUAAGAGUGGUUGCUUCGGAGUAAAGUUUCCUGUAGGAAUCGACCAGUUGGAGUCAGUGCAGGUGAUGGGCAUUGUUGACUCCAGAGCAUGCUCGGCAAGUGCUAUCAAGGAUAUUAGCGAGCUGCCAGAAUUAUUGGAGCUUGAGGUUGUCCUGUAUGAUGGAGCUGAUGACAUGACACGGAAUGAUAAUCUACUGGUUUCUGUAGGCAAGUGCAGCAAGCUUAAAUCUCUGACAAUUUAUGGUGAUUCCAAUCCGAGCAACGAACUUGCUUCUGAAUCCGCCGACUUUCCCCAACUUGACGAGCUAAAGGUGGAAGGACGAUUUGUGAAAGUUCCAGGGUGGAUUAGACAGCUCAGAACACUUACUCUUCUUGUUAUCAGGGUCUGCAAACUAGAGGCGAAUGAUCUGAAGAUAAUCGGAAGCCUGCCGUGCCUGAGUGUUCUUACACUAGCACUGGUUGCCCUCCCAAGAAAGCAAGUAACAAUCAUCAGCAGUGCAGGUUUUGCGAAGCUUGAGGUCUUCUGUUUUGACUGCCCUGUGCCAUGGGUAAGCUUUCAGGAGAAGGCUAUGCCAAAUCUGAAACAGCUCCAGUUGAAGCUCUAUAGUGGGCUAGCAGAUAAACUUCCAUCAGGUAUCAUGUUCCUUGAGCGCCUCAGCGCGGUGAGGCUCCUGUGCUCUUCACAGCAUGUAGCCAGUGACUGUGUCUUUGAGACAGUUGACGUUCUGAGGGAAGACGCUGCCAGCCAUGCUAAUCUGAUCGAGCUUUCUAUCAAUGGCGACCGAGAGAUUUUCCUGCCCAACAGAAGUACUGACAGAAGGGAUGCUGGAGCAGUAUCUGAUGCAAGUGCUGGCGCAGUGAUAACCGAAGCUGAAAUCGUACAAGUCGAUGACUCGGAGUGACCACAUUCUCAUGGGUAUGUCGAUGGAUGUUUGGUUCACAUCAUAUGCACCCCACCAGAAAACGGAGAUCGAGAAGCAAACCUGUGAGAUGAUGAACUAGUUUCCUCGCAGGAUGAGCCCCUUCACGUCUGAUCACCGUGGCAACUGUCCUCUCAUUCUUAGGACGGACGUGGAGCUUUGCUCUUAGCAAAUUCACCAUGUAUUGUAUUUCGAACUAGUAUCCCGGACGUUGUCUAUACAUUUCCAUUUUAAAAUCAGUAAUGAUCAGGCUGGUUUACAAGAUGCCUAUUCGCUUAUGUUUAUGAACCUAUCAAGGAUGAGCUAUAUUUUGUAACGAGACAAUGUCUCUAAUAAAACAUGUAUUAAAUUUUCUAUCAAUUGAUAAAUGAUAUUUCUUGAUCCA